CCUAAUAUUUUAGUAUAGCAAAGGAAAAAAAGAGAAUGGUGUUAAGAACCAAGAAUGUCUCUUUGGUUUUAUUUGCAGCCAUUAUGCUUUGCAUAGGUUCAAUUCAAGUAGAUGGACAAAAAAACAUUGCACCAUGGGUAUAUGAGUUCAAGUCGAUAUGUUGUAGAGAACAUCCAAGUCUCGGAAGAUGUCUUCCAGGGAUAGAUGAUAAUCCCGAUAAAGAUGGAAAAUGCUGGAAAUUUUGUGUUGAAGGAUGUGAAAGAGGUGGUUUUUGCAAACGCUUUGGAAGAAAACAUAUAUGUCAUUGCUAUUGUUCGGGCUAAUCAUCAUAAUAAAAUUAUAGUGGUAUAAUGUAUAAUGCAUGAAAACAUUUAAUAUAAAAUUAACUUAUUUGAUA